GGAGCUGUAGUGGGCCUGGCGCUUAAGCUUGGUUGUGUUGGUGAGCCGUGGGUGAGAUUUUAGACAAAGUCAUCACUGAACAUCAGCACUGAAGAGCAGGAGCUGGUUUUGGAUCAAGCUGCAUCUGGAUUAAUUUUUUUAUCGAAGACUCUACUUAAGGAGGAAUAAUGCAGUGAAUAAGUCUCUCCUGUGGAUGGAAUGGCCUAAUGAAGAAACCUGAUUUUUGUUCAGAAGAGUUGGAGUAAUUUUAACCAGUAGCUACAGGAUAUUAAAACUUUCCAAAAAUAGCUUUUUUUUAAUCAGAAAUGGAUCAACAAGCGAGUGGCGGCGAGGAUCCCAACAAACCCUCUAAAAAGAAAUCCAACGAGGAUGAGGGUAAAAACAAAAAGCUGAACAUACAUAUAAAAACAUUGGCUGAUGACAUGCGGGACAGGAUCACGAGUUUUCGGAAACAGGGCAUAAAGAAGGAGAAGCCUGUGAUCCAGCACCCCACGGACCCCAUCUCCAUCCAGUCGGAGCUCCCCGUACCCCAGCCUCUCUUCGACGAGCGCUCCAUGAACCUCUCUGAGAAGGAGAUUGUAGACCUGUUUGAGAAGAUGAUGGAGGAUAUGAACCUGAAUGAGGACCGGAAGGCCCCGCUGCGUGGAAAGGACCUGAGCACUAAGCGGGAGAUGGUGGUGCAGUACAUCUCCGCCACCGCCAAAUCUAUUACUGGAAGCAAAGUUGUGGGCGGGCUGAGGAACAGCAAGCACGAGUGUACGCUGUCGUCGCAGGAAUACGUGCACGAGCUGCGCUCCGGCAUCACCGAGGAGAAGCUGCUCAACUGCCUGGAGUCUCUGCGGGUGUCUCUAACCAGCAAUCCCGUCAGCUGGGUGAAUAACUUCGGUCAUGAGGGUCUGGGGCUGCUGCUGGAGGCGCUGGAGCGGCUGCUGGAUAAGAAACAGCAGGAGAACAUCGAUAAAAAGAACCAACACAAACUCAUCCAGUGCCUCAAAGCCUUCAUGAACAAUAAGUACGGCCUGCAAAGGAUUCUGGGGGACGAGAGGAGCCUGCUUCUGCUGGCGAGAGCCAUCGAUCCCAAGCAGCCGAGUAUGAUGACGGAGAUCGUGAAGAUUCUGUCUGCUAUCUGCAUUAUUGGAGAGGAAAACAUUCUGGAUAAGAUCCUGGCAGCCAUGACCAUCGCCGCCGAGAGGAAUAAUAAAGAGAGAUUCGCUCCGAUAGUGGAGGGUCUGGAGAACCACGAGGCCCAGCAGCUGCAGACGGCCUGUAUGCAGCUGAUUAAUGCUCUGGUCACUUCUCCGGAUGAUCUGGACUUCAGGAUACAUUUACGGAACGAGUUUCUGCGCUGCGGCCUGAAGAAGAUCCUCCCAGAGCUGAAGGAGACGGAGGAGCUGGACAUUCAGCUGAAGGUCUUCACUGAGAAUAAAGAGGAGGAUUCUAUAGAGCUGUCUCACCGGCUGGACGACAUCCGAGCCGAGAUGGAUGAUAUGGGGGAGGUGUAUCACCUGCUCUCCAACAUGGUGAAGGAUACGUCCUCUGAGACCUACUUCCUGUCCAUCCUCCAGCACCUGCUGCUCAUCAGGAACGAUUACAUCAUCAGGCCUCAAUACUACAAGGUUGUUGAGGAGUGUGUGUCUCAGAUUGUGCUUCACCGCAGUGGGAUGGAUCCGGAUUUCGGCUACAGAGAGCGUCUGGACGUAGACUUCACUCACCUCAUCGAUCAGUGUGUGGAUAAAGCGAAGGUGGAGGAAAGUGAACAGCGAGCCGCAGAGUUCUCCAAAAAGUUUGAUGAGGAGUUCAGCGCUCGGCAGGAGGCGCAGGCCGAGAUGCAGAAACAGGAGGAGAAAAUCAAAGCUCUGGAGAUGCAGAUCAGCUCCCUGCAGAGCCAGUUAACUAGUGAGCAAGAAAAGCUCAGAGAAGCUGAGAAACGUAUCAGCGAAAGUGCCAGCAAGAUCGCGGCGGGUCCUGCUGCUCCUGGCACCGUCCCGCUCGCACCUCCACCACCACCAGGGGGAGCCGCCCCUCCCCCGCCGCCACCUCCUCCUCCCCCACCUCCACCUGGAGGAGGCCCUCCUCCACCCCCGCCGCCACCGCCCCUCGCCGCAGGUAUGGGAAUGCCGCCUCCACCACCGCCGCCACCCGGCUUCGGCCCCCCGCCGCCUCCUCCUCCACCCGGCGGCGCCGGCGGUCUUCCGCCACCUCCUCCCUUCUUCGGCGCUCCAGGUGCCCCUCCGCCACCACCUGUCGUCAAGCUGCCUUACGGCCUGCAGCCCAAGAAGACCUACAAACCCGACGCCGCCAUGAAGAGAAUCAACUGGUCCAAGAUCGUUCCUCAGGAGAUGGCUGAGAACUGCUUCUGGAUUAAAGUUAAAGAGGAGAAGUUUGAGAAUCCGGAUCUGUUCACCGAGCUCUCACUGUCCUUCUCCUCCAAGACCAGAGUGAAAAAAGACGUGGAGCAAACGGAUGAAAAAGUUGCACAAUUUAAGAAGAAGGCAAAGGAGCUGCGAAUCCUGGAUGCAAAGACGGCCCAGAAUCUCUCAAUUUUCCUCGGAUCGUUCCGGCUGCGUUAUGAAGAGAUCCGGGACAUUGUGCUGGAGGUGGAUGAGGAGAGGCUGAGCGAAGCAUUAAUCCAGAAUCUGAUAAAGAAUCUGCCGGAGCAGAAGGAGCUGAGUUCUCUGGCGGAGCUGAAGGGCGAGUAUGAGGAGCUGUGUGAGUCGGAGCAGUUCGGGAUCGUGAUGAGCUCAGUGAAGCUGCUGCGUCCUCGUCUGAACGGGAUCCUGUUUAAACUGACGUUCGAGGAGCAGGUGAACAACAUCCGGCCGGACAUCAUGAACGUGACGUUUGCGUGUGAGGAGGUGAAGAAGAGCGAGGGAUUCAGUAAACUGCUGGAGAUGAUCCUGCUGGUGGGGAACUACAUGAACUCCGGCUCCAGAAACGCUCAGACCUUCGGCUUCAACAUCAGCUUCCUCUGCAAGAUACGGGACACGAAGUCGGCGGAUCAGAACACGACUCUGCUGCACUUCCUAGCUGAGAAAUGUGAGGAGAAUUUUCCUGAGAUCCUGAAAUUCCCUGAUGAGUUGGAGCACGUGGAGAACGCCAGCAAAGUCUCCGCCCAGAUCCUGAAGGCCAGUUUGGAUACGAUGGAGCGCCACAUCCAGCGGCUGGAGAACGACAUCCAGAACUUCCCCAAGACGGACGACAAGCAGGAUAAGUUUGUGGAAAAAAUGUCCGGCUUCAGUAAAUAUUCUCGUGAGCAGUACGAGAAGCUCUCCACCAUGCACAAGAACAUGCAGAAGCUGUACGAGAGUCUGGGCAGCUACUUCGCCUUCGACCCGCACGCCGUCAGCAUCGAGGACUUCUUCGGAGACCUGGCCAACUUCCGCAUGCUGUUCCUGGAUGCUGUGAAGGAGAACCAUAAGAAGCGAGAGAUGGAGGAGAAGAUAAAGAGGGCGAAGCUGGCGAAGGAGAAGGCCGAGCGGGAGAAGCAGGAGCGGCAGCAGAAGAAGAAGCAGCUGAUUGAUAUGAAUAAAGAAGGAGACGAGACGGGUGUGAUGGACAGCCUGAUGGAGGCCCUGCAGUCCGGCGCCGCUUUCCGAGACCGCAGGAAACGAACCCCCCGCACCGGUGAUCAAAGCCCCUCCAGUCCAGCCGCUCGGUGGCCGGGUGCUAAUAAUCAUGACAACCGGCGCACUGGUUUGGAAAGAUCCCGUUCUCGUCACAACCCUCUGGUCCGAUGAUCUCUGGCCGGCUGUGGACGUUAGCCAAGCGCCAAAGACCCGGGAGAGGGGAGACGGGGGAGACGGGCGAGGCCCGAGUCGGGCCGGGGUCGGGCCGUGAAGCGGAGCGGUGCUGAACCAUGGCCCGAACCCAACCCCACCGCCAUUACACGCAACACACAGUCACACACCCCUAUAUAGACACAUAAAUACACACACACACACACACCUACGUACCGAGAUAAGUCAUGAUGAUGAAGACGACGACGAUGAUGACAACUACAGCUUCAGACACACUGCUCCGCUCAACCAAUACCGCUACUUUUACACUGCCUUACAUACAACAUGUAUUAUUAUUAGAAUCGCAUAUAUACAUUUAUUCCCACUCGUUUUUUUGUUGUGUUUUUUUUUGUUUUAAAUUAACUUUACCAUUUGAAACUUUAAUUUCCUUUUAAAUCUAUCAUAUAUGGUUUCUUUUCAUUUGUUUCAAGCAUUUUAAACAUGUUUCAAGCGCUUGUACUGCUUUUAUCUUUAUUAUUUUGCUUUUUUGUCCUUUCUCUUAUAUAACCCAAAUGAUAAUUUGAAAGGACGCCGUCCGAUCCGACAGAUUUCUGACGUGCGUCUCUGUUUAAUAGCUGUUAAAAAGGUCUUCUAUGUGGUGAAACGGUCUGUAAAGCUGCGUUUUACAUACAAACCGAAGAGUUUUAUUUCAUUCUGCUGCUUCUGAUUGAACAAAACCUUGAUUUGAUUGAUUUGCAUCUGGCUUUUUGCCGCUACACAGCAAUUCUCCUACAUAAUUAUGAUCUCCAGCAGUAACUACCUGUCCUCCCACGUCUAAAACACUCUCGCAUAUCACACACGUGUAGCAGGAAGGCUCAGACUGGGGAAAUGUGCUAUUAUAUUAGCAUUGUUGCUCUGUAGAGAGAAAUAUAUAUGUGUAUGUGUGUGUGUGUGUGUGUGCGCGCGCUGUGCAAGGUGACAUACAUUACCCGGUGUGGUUUUAAAAAGAUAAAAGUGCUUAAAAUACUGCGUACACUGUCAUUUAAACUCUUUACAGGCAUCAGGAUGCUGCUGACUGAGGCAUGCCACUCAUAGGAUGCAACGGCUAUGUUCACAUUCUAAAAAGGGUCAUAUAUAUUUCGUUCCAAAAGAAGUGCAAUUCUAUGGCAUUGAUAAUAAUUGGACAAUAUAACAGCAUAAUUAGCAAACUUAAGUCAUGUUCGAUAUACAUAUAUAUGUAUAUAUCAAUUUUUUGUGGGCUAUUUGCCCAAGUAUUAUUGUAAUAAAAAGCCAAAAGAGAAGGUUAUAAAAAAAAGGCACCAACAUUUUUAAAGGCAUUACAAAUUGGCACCAAAAAAACACAUGCAGUUCUUAAACAGUUAAUACUUAAAAGCUCAUUUCUGCAACUUCACGUGUGUAGGCCUUGCGAGAAAAAUGAAGUGUAGAUGAUGCUUUGUGAGUAGACUCAGACUUUAGAUCACUUUGUCAUGUUUACCUUGCUGUAAAUGGUUGUAAUAUUGUGGCCGAUAUAUUGUCACAGAUAUAAUUGCAAUAAACAAUAUUAUUGUCAAAUUUAAUCCCAUUAAAUUCCACUUACGAUAAAUAAUAACAGAAUCACAUAAUGCAACUAUACAAUUCUAAAGACUGAAACAUUUGUAGUUAUCAUGGAGUGGAGAGAAAAAAAAAUAUAUUUAUAUUAUUUAUAAAUAUAUUUCACAUAUAUACAUACACACACACACUUAUCUUCACCUACUCUAUGAAUACAUGUUAUUGAGUCACACUUAUUAAAGCAAUGAUUGGUCAUUUAGCAAGACUGUCUAAAAUAACGAUCACUGUAGUAAUAGGGGUGGGCGAUAUGGCUCUAAACUAAUAUCACGAUAUUUCAGGGUAUUUUUGUGAUAACGAUAUACUUGGCGAUAUAGGAAAACAGAAACAUAAUUAAUUCAUUUCAGGAAUAUAGUAUAAUAGUAUAACAGAAUAAUCAUAAUGUGGCUAAAUAAAUAAUAUAGCAUAAAAUAAUAUAAUGCAGCAAAUAAUAUUGCAGAAUAUUUAGUGCAUGCAUAUAAACUGCAAACUAAAACAAUUCUACAAUAAAUACACCUAAAGCUUCACAGUAAAUAAUAGACUACUUUUAAGACAGAACAGCCCUGUUAUCACGAUAUGGAUUUUUCAUAUCACGAUAUUUCUGCGUCGCGUUAAUACAUUUGAACUGCCUAAAAAAAGGUGUCACUGCAUAAUUAUGCUGUUGUAUUACCCCAGUUUAAGUUUAUUACCCCGACGUUUCUAAAUCUGUAAACGCACCAGAUAAGAGACAAGACAACACCCGUGUUCACCGUACAUUUAAACACACUCUCUCACUGACUGAAUUAUUUUAAUAAAUCACUAAGAAUAGUAGCUACAAUUAGAGAUGCACCAAAUAUUCAGCAUCUCUAAAACCAUGGCCAAAAAUGUUAAUAGGAAUAAGUGAAAUGACUGAAUACCAAAACAUUAUUUGGUAUUCCUGCUGGGAGGUAAAAAAUGCUCAGUAAUAAGUAAAACAUUUUAAUUGUUGAUUUGCUUUUCAGAGAAAAAGCUAAUUUAAUUUAUCAAAAAAUGGAAACAAUGACAAUUAAUUAAAAUAUGUGGGAAAAAAUGGGUUAAAACCAAAUUAAACAUUGGGUUAAAGGCUGAAUGGGGGGAAAAAGUUAUUUUUGGUUUAAAACACAAAUUUUGAUUUUGGUGCAUCUCUAUCUGCAAUAAACAGCAUAGCUUUUACUAAAUGAUGAAUAAACACCUAAUAACUUCGUUAUUCUCAUAAAAACCCUCGUCAGCUUAUUGUUGCAGACGUAUAGAAAAUAUAGUAGACACUGCAGGCGACUCACUGGAUUAACACUACAAAUCACUAAAUAUCCUAGUAAAUCUCAAAGAAAAGUAGAAUAGUAGCUACAAAUAAGGAUGCGCCAAAUAUUCAGCUACUAAAACACUUUGGUGGAAAAUUUAAAUGAAAAUAAGUGAAAUGACUGAAAAAAUACCCAUCUAAAAAUAAAGGCGAAUUAACGACUGAAAUUAAGCCUAAAAACUUAAACUACAAAUCCACUGGUCCUUUAAAGAGCCAUUCUGUUUUCUUGUGAAAACUUUAGAAGACUGAGUGUAAUUUACAAGGAAAAUUUAGUGACUGACAGUUUUAGUCCAAAGUAUAGAAAUAUAGCUAGAAAUAGGAAUGCACCAAAUAUUCCAGAAACAGAAACCGGAAUAAAACAAGUAAAAUGACUGAAUAAUAAAUAAUUAAUAAAACAAAAAUUAAAGAGUAAUGGUUUGGUAAGAACUUACGAAUUGUUGUUUUGUACUUUUGCUUUUUCUUUGACGAACCACACAUUUAGACUAUUUAAUUUACAAAAUAAUGAAACAAAAAAGGCAAAAUUAAUGAACAACUGUUGGGAAUUCGUCAACAUUCUGUCUGUAACCCAGUGUUUCAUUUUGUUUGAUGUUUGGCCACAAGUUUUAUCUUGCUGAUUUUGGGUUAAGCCACAAAAUUACAAUGUUGGUGCAUCUCUAUCUACAUUACACAGCAUAACCCAUAUUACUGAUUAAAAGUAAGCCUAAUAACUUCCAAAAUUCACUGCAUCUAAAUUAUCCUCAGAAAUCACAAAGAACAGUAGCUACAAUUAGGGACGCACCACACAUUCAGCUACUGAAAAAUGACUGAAAAGAGUUAAAAUGUUGUUAAAUAGUUUUGUAGUUUUGCUUUUUCUUUUAAACUAAACUUCGUUUACUAUUUAAUUUAUGAAAUAUUUUUUAAAAAUGGCAAAACUAAUGGAAAUCGGUUGGAAAUUGUGUUUAAAAUGCAACACUCAACCCCAAACCAACAUUAUAAAACACGGGGUUAAAGGCUAAGACGCAAACUUUCGUUUUGGCGCGGCUCUAUCUGUAAUACACAGCAUAGCCCGUAAUAAUGACUGAAACAACUGAAAAUAAGCCUAAUAACUUGCAAAAUCCACUGGUUGGACAGAAACCAGUCUGUCAAUCACUAAUCUACAAGAAAACAGAAUGGUUCACCACUCAAAAUAAUUCAUACUAAAAAAAUUAUUUUGUAAUUUCUGCUGAGAUGUGAAAUACGCUCAGUAUAAAGUAAGAAUUUCUAAAAUGUUGUUUGGUACUUUUGUCUUGAUUUUUAAAUCACAUAUUUGAUUUAUGAAUUAGUUAUAAGAAAUAGCAAAACGAAUAAAAAUCUGUUGGAAAAUGUAUAUAGUUUUCAACAUUCAGCCUUUUACCCAGUGUUUCAUAUUGUUGGUUUUGGGUUAAGUGACAAAUUUUAGUUUUUGUGCAUCUCUAUACACAGUGUAACCCAUAUUAAUGAUUAAAUGUACGCCUAAAAACUUGUUGAUUACAUCAACCAAUCGUCGCAGCCCAUUAUUCUAUAGUCUUCGUUAAUCUAAAUAAGAAUAAAACAAAGUAAAGGAUGCUCUUUUACACCAUCUCUAACUUCAGGCUCUAAAGACUCCAGCAAACCUUCUAUAAAAUCUUAGUAUUUCAGUAUUUUUAGCAUUUUAUUUGGUACCGAGACGGUCGGCGUUGCAGCAGAAGGUCCGGCCCCUCACCGAACUCCACGCCGUCUUCAGGAGGCGGUGAGCAGUGAUUUGCUUUUCUAAUUAAAAAGGCCCUUAGACUGUUUUUCCAGCGUCGCACAAAAGAAGCUGCUCUCCGCUCUGUUUAAAACCGGUGUUAACGGUAAUUACAGCGUCCGCCCGUCAGUUUCACACUUUACCACUUUAAUACACUCUUACGCUGCAGCUGCAGAAUCACUGUUUCACCAUCCACCGCAUACACGCGCACGCAGGCCACUCCCAGGACUUUUUUUAAAUGUAAAAUAAAAGUUUAUUAGAAGCGUGCCACAGCAAUUUUACAGCUACCACUCAAUUAUCCUCGUAAAUUACAAUUACUAAUAGUAGCCACAAGUUAGGGCUGGGUGAUAUUGUAAAAAACAAAAAAACAAAAAAAACAAUAUAAUCAUAAUUUUUUCCUAAUUUAUAAGCAAUUCUCAAUUGUAUGAUUUUUGUUUAUAAACAGACAGCACCCUUUAAAGUGAUGCACAGGAUAUCAUUUCCUCUGGCCUAGCAUCAAUACUGCAGUGUUAAUAUUACUUUAAA